AUGGCACAAGAGUGCAGCGUUUGCGCCGAAGUCAAGUCCACGGAGCAGUUCCCUGCGUCACCUAUUACUCAAGAAUGUACCCAUGCACCGACAACGUGCCGGCCGUGUAUAACACGCGCCAUCGAGACCGAGCUUUCCAGCAAACCGUGGGAAAAGGUUGGGUGUCCUGAUUGCGGCGCCACGCUCGGAUACCACGACGUCCAGAAGUAUGCCGAUCUGGAGACGAGAGAAAAGUAUGAUAAGUUGAUGAUUCUGCAUACUCUACAACAGGAUCCCGACUUCAUCUGGUGUUCAUCUGGCUGCGGCUCGGGUCAACUGCACGAUAGUGGAGAGUCAGAGCCCAUAGUCAAGUGCACCUCGUGUGGGCACUUGACAUGUUUCCAGCAUAAGGUCCCUUGGCACGCGGGCGUGACGUGCGAAGAGUUCGAUCUAACACGAUCCGACUCUGCGGCAUCUUUACCACAAGGUAACCGGGCCGUUGAGCUUGCUGAAGCGCGUCGUCAUAAGAGGGACAAUGACGCGAGUGAAGAGACCAUCAGGUCGACGACAAAGGCUUGUCCCAGCUGCAAGUCACAGAUUGAGAAGAAUGGAGGAUGGUGA